CUAAUUUGUCAUGACCUUGGUCAUAAAUUUUCUCAAGAGGACGAGCCCAUAAAUACGGAUGGAACAGACUCCAAGCAUCACUUCUUGGAGCUGUUCAACAGAAACAGGACACCAAAGAAAAAAAAUCAAGAUGUACAGUUUCCUGGCUGUACUUUGCCUCAUCGCUGGCGGCUAUGCUCGUGUUCUUGAUGAGCAAUACUGCCACAACCAAGAAACUUACUUUACCAUCUACCAAGUGCCGAAUCAUGGCUGCAAGUGUACUGCUAAAGUAGCCGGCGCCUUACGCUACAAAGACGGCAACCUUCAAGUGUGCAACGGCAAUGAAUAUGUGAACGUUGGAGGCAACGCCGGUCGAGAAGCCCCCGUUGGAACUGAAACCAAUCCUGGGAAAUCCUGCAGGGACAUCCUCACCAAGCGCAAGGAUGCCAAGAGUGGUAUGUACUUCAUAAAACCUCGAGAUGUGGUCAUGAAGACUUACUGUUACAUGGGCACCCUGUGUGGCUCAAAUGGCUGGACCAUGGUCAUGAAGAUCGACGGAAAGAAGAAUACUUUUCGGUACGAUUCCAAAUACUGGAGCAACAAGCAACAUUACAACGUUGCUGGCGCAACAGGAGGAUUUAACCACGUCGAAACUAAACUUGACACUUACUCGCACUUCCCGUUAAGCAAGCUUUGUCUGGGUCUUGAAACCAAAGGAAAGAGAGAGUGGAAAGAGAUCAAUUACAUGGCCGGCUCACUGUACGAGCUUAUUGCGGAUGGCAAGUUCCGAGAGACGCACUAUGGCAGAACGUUCUGGAAGAGUAUGGUCCCUGACUCAUCGCUUCAGAGAAACUGCGGACUCGAGGGUUUCAAUGUUGUUAAACUAACCGGCAGCGACAAGAGAAAUGGGUUCGCCAAGGUCAGAAUUGGGAUAAUUGGCAAUCAGGAAAACGACUGUCACUCUCCGGAUUCGAGAAUCGGCUUUGGAGCAAUGGGAAAUUUGUGUGGCCAAAAUAACGACAACUCGGCUGGUAAUGAAGCAAGGUGCUCACCAGAUAACGGAGACAAAACCAUCAAGAGCUUUGGAUACAUCUUCGCCCAGGAGCGUCAAGAAGAUGCCCUUCUCGGCUCCUUCGACAAUCCCGCCAAGUCCUGCAAAGAAAUUGUCGCCGCUAGACCCGAUGCUAAAAAUGGCGUGUACUAUCUUAACCUUCGAGACGCCCCUCACACUCGCGUCUACUGUCACAUGACAGAGAUCUGCGGAUCACGUGGAUGGACCAUCAUCAUGAAGAUCGACGGACGCAAGACAACCUUUAAAUACGAGUCCUCAUACUGGAAAAACCACAACGUGUACAACACUGAGUCAAUCGCUGACGGUCUGGACAACAGCGAUAUGAAGCUGCACACUUACUCCAAGCUGCCAUUUGAGAAGCUCUGCCUUGGGAUGAGGGUUGGAGGAAGCCUUGAAUGGCUCCCAGUGAACAUGGGAAAGAAGGUGGACUCUCUGUUUUCUGUCAUUGCACCCGGCAAGUACGUAGCCACCCAUAUUAGCAAGAAUGAGUGGAGAAAGCUUGUGCCCGGCUCGUCUCUUCAGAGGAACUGCAACAGGCAGGGAUUCAACAACGCCCCCGCGGGGGGAAACCAUUCCAAGGUCAGAAUCGGUUUCGUUGCCAACCAGGAGAACAAUUGCGGUUCGACUGAUUCUCGCAUUGGUUUUGGAGCGUCUGGAACCGCUUGCGGACAGAGCUCCUCCUCGGCUGGUAACGAGGCAAGAUGCGAUGGUGACAAGGGAAACAAGUCUGUUGCAGGUUACGGGUACAUCCUUGCUCAGUAGACGCGCAUGCGCAAUGGCGAUAAGCUUCUGCUUAAUCAGUAGUGAUCGAUAUUAGUGGGGAAGGCGUUUGUUUCAGUCUCUGUGUUGAAAUUGAUGCGCUAAAUAGAAUACUGAAUAAAACUGCAUGGUUUUCGUGCAA